AUGAAUCACCCCGCAGGCAACAACACUGUUAGUAUAUGCCUGGACUCCACCGACGCCGACAGAUGUCAAAUUGAUGCUAACGGAAACUUGAGCCUUGGUCUGUGCGGCAUUGCAGAUACCGAUUUCGACGAUCUAGCGUCGUGCUUGGAAGCCGCCGGACCAGAAACAAUAACAACCCUGUACCUGAGCGUAAACGAGCUCACCACGCUGCCUGAGGGAAUCUUCGGGGGUCUUACGGCCUUGGAAACACUGCAAGUAGCUGUUCGACAAGGUUGUCGGUAG